AUGCCAGUUCUACCGUCUCUCGAAGGCUCGACUUUCGACGCCGACAUUCGAGACCGCCACAUGAUCUACGACUACGCGGCACAUGACGCUCAAGGAGAUCCUGAAAAAUGGCGAUAUGAGAUGUGGUUCUACAACGAGGAUCGCAUUGUCUACGCGAUCCACGGAGGUCCAAUGGCCGGCAGAAAGAAUUUUCAGGCCGUAACCUACCAAUGCAUCCGCCCUGGAGAACUAUGGCAGUGCAAUUGGCUCGAGGAGACCGGCACUAUCUGUUCGCUCGUCUACGAUAUCCCCAACAAACGCAUAUCGACUUUACUUGGAUUCUCGAAAGGUCAUUGGACCCAAAAUGAGGCCGCACAUGGCGACAAGCGCAACCCGGAGGAUCUCGCUCGUUGGAGGGAUCUGGCGAAGGUUGGUGCGUCUCAGGCGGAUAGGGUGAUGUUGAGCGAGCAAGCAGAUAUUCUGGAGGAUUUUAGGGGCCCUGGAUCCUUGGAACCUAUCAAGAUGGAGUGGCCUACUAUGUAA